GGAUUGAGAGUCUGCCUUCCAAAGGGAGGGACCUGUUUCAUUUCGGUGAGAUCCCCGAGGGGAAGGUGUGUGGCAGAAUGAGUGCCAAACCGAAGACCUCCGCUGGAAUCAUCUGGGCUCCUUUUUCAAAAGGACAGGCACGGGAAGGAACGGAAGAAGGGCCGGCAGUGGUGAAGGAAGCUGGCCUGAUUGAUAAACUAACAGCUCAAGGGUGUGAUGUUAAAGAUUAUGGCGCCUUGCAGUUUGAUGACAUUCCCGAUGACAGACCAUGUCAUAAUGCAAAAAAUCCCAGAAGCGUUGGGCGCGCAAACGAGAAGCUAGCCAGCGCUGUGGCAGAAGUGAAGAAGAGUGGAAGAACCUGUUUGGUAGUUGGCGGGGAUCACAGCUUGGGAAUUGGAAGCAUAUCUGGCCAUGCAAAGAUUCACCCUGAUCUUGGUGUAAUUUGGUUUGACGCCCACACUGAUAUUAACACUCCAUUGACAUCAUUAUCUGGGAACAUGCAUGGGCAGCCUGUGUCUUUCCUUCUGAAGGAACUGAAGGACAAGAUGCCUGAUGUUCCAGGAUUCUCGUGGAUAACCCCGUGCCUGUCUGCUGAAGACAUUGUGUAUAUUGGACUAAGAGAUGUGGACAAUGCUGAACACUGUAUUCUGAAAUCUCUGGGUAUUAAAUACUAUUCGAUGACUGAAAUAGAUCAACUUGGGAUUCGGAAGGUGAUGGAAGAAACACUUUGUUAUUUGCUGGCCCAUAAGAAGAGACCAAUUCACCUAAGUUUUGAUGUUGAUGGCUUGGAUCCCUCUCUGGCACCAGCUACAGGCACCCCAGUUCCUGGAGGAGUGACUUUGAGAGAGGGUAUCUAUGUAGCAGAAGAACUUUAUAGAACAGGGUUGCUAUCAGCAGUAGAUAUAAUGGAGAUCAAUCCGGCUCUUGGGAAGACACAAGAAGAAGUUAACACAACGGUCAACACAGCUGUUUCAAUUAUCUUAUCCUGUUUUGGUAAAGAACGUGAAGGUUCUCAUAGUUCCAGUUACCGUAUACCCAAGCCACAAAAAUCCAUCUGAACAUAUAUAAUUAAGUUCCAAGAAGUUUUUCAGUCCUAAAGUAUAAUAUUUUGUUAAUGACAGUUGCUUACUGAAUUACUUUGGUAACCUCAAGCAAAAAAAUCUUUUCAUUGAAGCUCAGUCACUAAUGAGACAGCAAUUCUCACUCAUGCUACUGGAGGCUGGUGAAGUGAAGUGUCAGAUUUGCUCAUACUGUUUUCUACUUUAUGACAAAUUCUAAAAGUCAAGUCAAACCAUUUAUUACCACCAUUGCAGUAAAUCACAUUAUUACUUCUA